CACAACUACAGCCUCCUCUCCAGUAGGGGACACUGUGGUGGAGACAUCGCCCGCUCCCCACUCUUCUGUCAUCUAUAAAACCUCCGCGAAAAGGGUGUGCGUUUUGAAGGUUGAAUUUCAGUUUGCGGAUCGUCUCAAACUAAACAGCUCGAUCGCCGUGACAGCAUCACGAGGAGACUGCGCGCGGGAUCCGUUCAAGGUGGCCCCGCCAGGCAUCAUCCGAGUUCAGAGGUCUUGUCUGGUCUUUUUGGGACAGGGCUCGCGCAUAACGUAGGCUGCAGGGAAUAUGCGAAGUUGACAUUUUUCCCGAUACUUAUAAAUAUGCAGCGUGACAGCUCUGUGUAUUUAUCUCAAGGUCAGUAUUGAUCCAUUGUCCUUUAGUUGGAUACGUUUCUCGGCUAGUAGGAGCUUCAGAAUGCGACUGUCGAUUUUUGUUCGCCAGCAUCUGCAAUGACCCCUUCAAGAGAGGACGUUCCUACGGCGACAGUCUGAAGACAAACUUAUCAAUUUGAAGUGGGAUUCUGAGCACACGUUUCCUAGCAUCUUAGGUCGAGUAUGUCGAGUGGAAAACAUUGUUUUCCAGCUGUGUAGCACACGGUUCACCCUGAACGUUUCCUGCUUCACCUGAGAAGGACUCCACAGACCGCUAGCCGCAGUCUGCUAGCCCGGCUCGGUCUGCUCCGUGGGUUCUACCGUAGACCCAUCACAAGCUUGACCGGAAUAUGUGUAGUAUUACAAGGAGUCACCACUUCAUUUGCUUCGUCUAUAAGUUUUGACGCCAACUGCUACCAUGGCUACUCGUUACAUGUCAGACAGCCCCUCCGGCUACGGCAAAAGUUUCGUGAGACUGGGGCUGCUUGUGCUGCUUGUGUUCCUGGUCCUCGGUACCGUGUUUCCUCUGGGCGCUGCCAGUUCGCCCGACACCAGCGCCUGGGACAGCUCUGCGGGACGCGACCACCCGGGCCAAGACUCCCACAAGCCACAAGUUAACCACACAAAAAAGGCGUUUCCAGUGCUGGGUGUGGAUUACCCCCAUAUACGCAUUCCUUUCGAGAUCUCGCUAUGGGUGCUGCUGGCAUCUUUAAUGAAAUUGGGUUUCCACCUCAUCCCCCGCCUGUCCUCCAUCGUGCCUGAGAGCUGUCUCCUGAUCGUGGUGGGGCUGCUGGUGGGGGGGCUGAUCCGGCUGGCAGGGGAGGACGUCCCCCCCGUGCUCGACUCCCAGUUCUUCUUCCUGUGUCUGCUCCCGCCCAUCAUCCUGGAUGCCGGCUACUUCCUGCCCAUCCGGCCCUUCAUGGAGAACGUGGGCACCAUCCUGAUGUUCGCCGUGGUGGGCACUCUGUGGAACGCCUUCUUUGUGGGCGGGCUGCUGUUCGGGGUGUGCCAGAUCCGGGGCACCCACCUGAGCCAGGUGGAGCUGCUGCCCUGCCUGCUGUUCGGGACCAUCAUCUCAGCCGUGGACCCCGUGGCCGUGCUGGCCGUGUUCGAGGAGAUCCACAUCAACGAGCUGCUGCACAUCCUGGUGUUCGGGGAGUCCCUGCUCAACGAUGCCGUCACCGUGGUGCUGUACCACCUGUUUGAGGAGUACUCAGGUGAAGGCACGGUCACCAUGAUGGAUGUCUUCCUGGGUGUCAUCUGUUUCCUGGUGGUGGCGCUGGGCGGGGUGCUGGUGGGCGCCAUCUACGGGCUGCUGGCGGCCUUCACUUCCCGCUUCACCUCCCACACGCGCGUCAUCGAGCCGCUGUUCGUCUUCGUGUACAGCUACAUGGCCUACCUGUCAGCUGAGGUGUUCCACCUGUCUGGCAUCAUGGCACUGAUUGCCUGUGGAGCCACAAUGCGGCCCUAUGUGGAGGCCAACAUAUCCCACAAGUCCCACACCACCAUCAAGUACUUCCUGAAGAUGUGGAGCAGCGUGAGCGAGACCCUGAUCUUCAUCUUCCUGGGCGUGUCCACGGUGGCCGGCCCGCACGCCUGGAACUGGACCUUCGUCACCGCCACCGUCAUCCUCUGUCUACUGGCACGGGUCAUAGGUGUGGUGGGCCUCACCUAUGUGAUCAACAAGUUCCGCAUUGUGAAGCUCACCACCAAGGACCAGUUCAUCAUCGCAUACGGAGGCCUGCGAGGGGCCAUCGCCUUCUCCCUGGGAUACCUGCUGGACCAGGACCUGUUCCCCAUGAGGACCAUGUUCCUCACCGCCAUCAUCACCCAGAUCUUCUUCACCGUCUUUGUACAGGGGAUGACCAUCCGGCCGCUGGUGGAUCUACUGGCUGUGAAGAAGAAGCAGGAGACCAAACGCUCCAUCAACGAGGAGAUACACACCCAGUUCCUGGACCACCUGCUGACAGGGAUAGAGGACAUCUGUGGCCACUACGGACACCACCACUGGAAGGACAAGCUGAACCGCUUCAAUAAGAAGUAUGUGAAGAAGUGUCUGAUCGCGGGCGAGCGCUCCAGGGAGCCUCAGCUCAUUGCCUUCUACCACAAGAUGGAGAUGAAGCAGGCCAUCGAGCUGGUGGAGAGCGGGGGGGGAGUCAAGCUGCCAGCCACCGUGCCUGCCGCUGUCUGCAUGCAGAACAUCCACCCUAAGAAGCCCCCUGCGGAGCGGGCGCUGCCUCAGCUGUCGAGGGGCCGCGAGGAAGAGAUCAGGAAGAUCCUCAGGAGCAACUUGCAGAAGACCAGACAGAGGCUGCGCUCCUACAACAGACACACCCUGGUGGACCCCUACGAGGACGGCUGGGGAGACUUCCUGCUCAAGAAGCAGAAGAUGAUCGAGCUGGAGAAGAGGAUGUCAGAGAUGAGUAACUACCUCACCGUGCCAGCAGCCCCACCUGACUACCCCGCCAUGUGCAGAGCACGCCUGGCCUCAGACCCGCAGGCCUACAGUUUGAACCCGUCCGACAGUGUGCCCACCAUCCAGGUGGACCUGGCUUCUCCCCAGUCCCCCGACUCCAUCAACAUGCUGGACGAGUUCCACAGGCGGGGGGGCCAGGGGGGGCCGGGGGAGAGCAGGGGAGGCGCCAUGAAGCCCCCGGUUCCAGGAGGUGGGAAGCAGGGGGAGGGGGGGGAGGCGUCAGAGGGAGGGAAGGAUCCCCAGCGGAUGGUCCGGUGUCUGAGCGACCCAGGACCCACCGGAGACGAGGACGAAGAUGAGCCCUUCCUCCCCUAGCCCCGCUCCUUCCUAUCCUAGCCACGCCCCUUCCUCUCCUAGCCCCGCCCCUUCCUCUCCUAGCCCUGCCAAUCCCUGCCCUGGCCCACACUUCCUAGUCCCUCCCUUCCUGUCACGGCCCCGCCCCUUCAUGUCCUAGCCCUUCCCUUUCUGCCAUAGCCCCUAGCUUUCUGCCCUAACCUUGCCCCUUCCUGUCCAAGCCCCGCCUUUCCUGUCCAAGCCCCGCCCACAAGGUGACAUGGGAAGGGCUUAGCUCAGGCAGAGACGGGAGAUAGAGCCAUGCAUCCAGGACGUCACUGGGUGUGUUCUGCUCUUAAUGUGUCACAUCCACACUCAGCAACCUGCCCCCUGAUCACUUACUUAUGGAGCAGACACACAUAGUUAUGUAGUUAUUUAUAGUUGUAUAUAUUUAUAUAGCUAUAUGCUAUGAUGUCACUCUCAGAUGAACGUUAAGGAGAGGACUAAUUCAUGGACAGGAAACAGAAGCGGUUUCUCACGCUUGGAGUCAUUGGAAAUGCAAUCUUAUAAACUGUGGCUUCUGAAAGAGAAUGUUGCCUUAAGUUGCGUCACGCCUAAGGUCAUCCCUGUCACUUUGGUGCAUUUUAUCACAAAGAGGAACGUAUUUUUCAUAUUUCUUUUAUUAACAUAUUUUCACUUCAGGGGUAAACUGUGUCCCUCUGUGUCUCUGACCUGUCUGCGUAGCUAGGCUCGUCCAGGAAGUGAGCAGAGCUCCACUUCCUGUUUGGACCUGGGUGUUUCUCCCUCUGACACUGACCUCAGGGUCAAGCAGGCACAAACUAGAAGAUAACCUUUGACCUGGAAGCAGUUUCUCCAGCUGCUGUGUUCCAGGGAGCUCUGGAGCCUUCCUCAGAUCCAGGACAGAACUCUGCGACGCUCCGCGAUCUACCACGCUCUGAGUCAAUCCACCCUGGAAGCCAAUCACUAUAGUCACUCCAAAUAUGUUUCAUUUUUGUUGUCAUGUUACAUACUGUAUGUCUAUUACUGUGAGGCCCAGCGCUGGUGUCCGUCUCCUCGGGGGGGGGGGGCAAGGGGGCCAGCCCAGACCUAGACCCUAGACCACUAAUUACACAGCUGAUGCUAUGACACAGCAGGUGACACAGGCAUGACACAGCAGAGACUCUAUAACACAGGUGAAGUACAGCAGGCACGACACAGUGAAAUCUCCUAUGCAGCAUUAUGAGAUGUGAAUCGCCACGUGGAGCGUAGCCCCUUUAAAACAGACGUCCCCUGCUGCUGCUGUUCUGAAGCAGCAUCCCACAGACCCAGACAACACGCUGAGCUUGACUCACAACAUGUCUUCAUUCUACCAUAGGAACGUAGAGAUACUGCAUCUGUGACCUGUACAGUGUGUGUGUUGGUGUCUGCUGUACAGUACGCUAGUCUUUAUACACAGCCGUAGAACUAGAGUGGUAUUAUGUUGUGAUGUUGGUGACGAGGGUGAUUGUUGACCACCUGUUACCUGUGACUUUUUAGGUGUUCAUGAGGUUUGUUUUGAUUUCAAUGCCUUCAGGGAAGCACAGGCACUCAGGCCUGGGAGUCCGAAUACGGAGGGGAGGAGAUGGAGGAGAGAUGGAGGAGAGAUGGAGAACCAGGUGUGAGUGGGACAUGGGAGGGUGGGGGGAGGUGGAGGGGGAGGACAUAGAAGCAGACAGGUCAAACCAGGCUUGAGUGAUGUCACUUCCUGUCAUCAGCCCCUCUACUGUGUGUGAUUUAAGGACAUUCAUUUGAUUGUAUGUCAUGGUUUAAAGCGGAGCCAUAGCCACCUUCUGCUCUGGAUGCUAAGCACCUUUCACAGCCUGUUCCUCUGGACAUGUCAGCACCUCCUUAGUGUUCACUCCUGUGGCUCUUUGGUUUGAAUGUAAAUGACCAAUGGAGGAGAGCGAACAUUGUGAUGUCAUCCAUGACUACGUCAAACAGUUGAACCAUUUCUGUUCAGUCACCUGAAAGAAGAGGUUUACAUUUUAACUGGUUUAACCUUGCACACUCAAGAACCACGGUUCAACCAAACAUGAAUGUUUGUGUUUGUGUUCGCUUGUGAUGAUUUAGCAGUUCUCAAUUGUUUCUCUGGCGUCCGUCUUGGCUCAUCAGAAGUGUCUUCACACAACAGCCACAAAAUGAUGUUGGCCCUGCCGGCCUCCCUGCCGGCCUGAUACACUUUAUGCUUCACUUUAUGUCAAAUGCUUUAUUUUGGUUAAUGUGCUUUACAUCGGUUCAUUUGCUUUAUUUUAGUUCCAAAAUUAUCUUGGUUCUAAUGCUUUAUUUUGGGUCAAAUGCUUUUUUAUUAUUAUUCAAAUGCUUUAUUUAGGUUCAUGUGCUUUUAUUUGAGUUUGAAUGCUUCCCAUGGGAUCAAAAAUAACGGCUUAAUGUUCAUGUGCUCUACAUCAGUUCCUGAGUGUGUGUCACAUGAUGUGUGUCACAUGAGUUGAUCUGUCUCUUUCUCCGCUUCAUGUUUCAGUCACCACCCUGUCUUCAGUCCUCCCUGGGUAGUAAUUAUGAGUGAAACUUGAUAGUGUUCUGGAGACUGCUCAGCCUAACUUGGUGAUGUGUCCAGUCACCACAUCAACAGGAUUGUUAAAUCUCUGUAUGUAUAGGACGUGUUCAUGUAGGACCUGUCAACUAUGUGAGGAUAUGCCGCAUGAUUUGACCAACGAGAUUGUAGUUUCAGACCCACGGAGGUGUUGCUGUCCAGCUGAGCUAGGAUCAGGGUGUGUUGAACACUGAGUGGUUGUAACUUCCUGUUCCUGUCCUGAAGACACGGUGGGUCAAGCAGCAUAUCCUGCUGCCCGUCACCACCUGCUGUGUAGCCAGACCAGCCUGGUCCUGGAAGCAUCAGCAUGUUCACUAACCAUGUCUGUCUGCACCAGCCACCCCUCCUCUUCCUCUCCUCUCCUAUCAUCCUCCUCCUUUCCUAUCAUCCUCCUCUCAUCCUCCUCCUCUUCUUACCCUAACCCUCCUCUCCUCCCUCUCUCUAUCAUCAGCUGUUCUCUAAAACACCAGUUCUCACAUCCUUCAGGUCUACAUUCAUUUAUGUUAAGAGCAAUAAAUUAGUGUUUUGUGAAAAACAUUUUCAAAAAACAACUACCUGGAGACAUCCAGAGGGAGCAUUUAGCCUAAAGCCCAGUCUGGCCCGGUAUGGCCCGGUCUGGCCUGGUAUGGCCCGGUCUGGCCCGGUCUGGCCUGGUAUGGCCCAGUCAGGCCCGGUCUGGCCUGGUAUGGCCCGGUCUGGCCCGGUCUGGCCUGGUAUGGCCCGGUCUGGCCCGGUCUGGCCUGGUAUGGCCCAGUCUGGCCUGGUAUGGCAUAGUAUGGGUGAGCCUGGUGACUAAUGACCAGGUGAUUCUUGGAUGUGUUGAUUCUACAGACAAGACGCAGGACUGUGUUGUGGCUGUCCUGGUGGGACGUACUGGUGGGACAGGGUUAGCCCCCACCAGGACAGGGUUAGCCCUGUCCCACCAGUACAUCCCACCAGGACAGGGUUAGCCCUAACCCUGUCCCACCAGUACAUCCCACCAGGACAGGGCUAGCCCUAACCCUAUACUGUUCAAUGUCCUCUUUGUCUCCCUCUCGUCCUACGUCUUGUCUUGCUUUUUGCUGUUUUAUUUAUAGCUAAAUUAUUUGUUGAUCAUUUGCAAAUGUGUCGUUUGCAAUAAUAGUAAAUAAUAGUUUUAUUUUAUAUACAGUCAAAAAAUAUAUAAAUAUUAUACAAAUCUACAACGGUACUGUACAAUCUGAAUUCAUGACACUAUGUUCACACUGUAGAUGUGUCUAUGCUUCUGCAUUCCAAACCUGUAUUUUAACUAACAAUCUGUAAUCUAAAAAUAAAACUAUAUACCAAAUUAAAAGUUUUACUUUAUCA